GGUUUGUUUGUUGCCCAGAAAAGCUGAAAAGACUCACGCAGCCCAACCAGGAGAUGCCAAAUUGUCAUGGAAAUUAGACAACACUCUCAGACUUGUCCUCUGAAGAUAAACAUUCUGUACUGAUCUCAGUGACAUGACAUGGACUUCUUAGGCGUUAUCCUCUGAUGAACAGAAAAAGGACAAGAACAAAACUAUUACAAAAGUGGACUCAGACUCGCUUUGAACGCCACAGAAAAGUUCAAGCCCCAUUUCCAGCCUCCAGAAUGACUGAUGAGUGUAGUGAAGAUCAUCACAGAGCGAUAAUGAUACACAUCUGAAACAGCGGAUUAAAUCUGGUGACUGAGGUGUGAAGCAGCUCUGGAGAUGGGGAAGUAUUUCUUCAGUGAGACGGAGAUCAGGAGCUCGUGGGAGCAGGUUCUGGCUGCGUUCUGGCAGAGAUACCCAAAUCCCUACAGUACUCAUGUUUUGACAGAGGAUGUGAUCUUUCGCGAGGUGACUCCAGAUAACUGCCUCCUUUCCCGCCGUCUCCUCACAAAGACCAAUCGGCUGCCUCGGUGGGCGGAGCGAAUCUUCCCUGGCAACCUGUCACGUUCCGUUUACAUCGUAGAGGACUCCAUCAUCGACCCCAGCAGCAGACGCCUCACUACACUGACCUGGAAUUUAAACCAUUCCACAUUAAUGACAGUGGUGGAGCGAUGUGUGUUUCAUAGUGAUCAGGAGAGGCCUGUUUGGACUGGAAUCACAAGAGAAGCCUGGAUCUCAUCAGGAGUGUUUGGUCUGUCAAGGCCUAUCCAGGAGUUUGGGUUGUCCAAGUUCAGGAGUAAUCAGAUGAAGGCUAUUAAGGGUCUGGAACACGCCCUGUCUAAACUACAGAAAGCAGCAGCUCAGGACCAUCACGCCGACACGAAGAAGACGGAGAACCUGACGGCUUCCACCAGCUCGCAAAAGCCGCAACAGUACGCCUGAUAAACCCUUUUCUCAUCUGCAGCAAAAUCAAAGGUUUUAAUGUUGUGUGUUUAUCUCCGGGGGAAAAAAACCUUGUUAACCCUCAACUUUGUGCUCAAACAUAUUGGGGAUCAAACAUAGGAAAGUGAAGGUCAAUAGUGAUGACGUGAAGGUCAAUGAAGAUCUUUUAAUAGAACACUGGGGAUAAAAUGCUGUGAGAAACAGAUCAUUAUUUUCGAUUAUAUUGUAAGUUUUGGGUUUUUUUUAAGUCUGGACAUGGUUCAUGAGUAAGUUUAUUAUCUUAGCAGGGAUUGUUAAAGCAGUGCAGGAUGUUUACUGACUAAUAGAAGCAUUACUACUGGCGUGUUUAUUGUGAAUUAAGCCCUGUUCAGAGCUUUAAGUGAAAGCGCUGUGUGGAAACAUCCUCUUUAACGUCCUUGGCCUGGUUUCUCCCCUUCGCUUGAGCAUGUCUGCUCUGUACACCAGGUACACACACUGAAUUCACUUCUCUAUUCCCAAACAAUGUGAGAAAGCAGGAGAUAAAAACCUAAAGGAUUCCAAAAAAAAAAAAAGUUGCACAUUUUACUGGAUGAAACCUCAGGGACAGACAUGUAACGUGUUUCAUGUGUUUUAGUCUUUUGUUGAGAAUGAUCUGAAUGUUAUGCACAAUGUGAGCAUGUAUCAUAUCGUUUGUAUAUAAUAAUUUAUGUUUUAUGCAUGAGGUGUAUAAGGAAGCAUUACAGAAAGCAUUUCAGUUUGUUCCUUUUUUCCUCACUUACAAGUUUAGACUUUGAUUUAGAGUUAACGAGAUUGUAGAACCGCUCUGUGAACUGUUUCAUCUUAUGAAAAAAGUAUCAAUCUUAAAGUGUGUGUGUGUGUGUGUGUGUGUGUGUGUGUGUGUGUAUAUAUAUAUAUAUAUAUAUAUAUA